GACACCAUGAGACUCGUACUGCCGAACCCAGGACUGGAUCGUAGGAUCCCCAACCAUGAGGACCUGGAACGGAUGGAGAAGCAGGAGGCUGACAGCCGGCCCAAGUGGGACAAUAAAGCGCAGUACAUUCUCACCUGUGUGGGCUUCUGCAUCGGCCUUGGUAACGUGUGGAGGUUCCCAUACUUGUGUCAGAGUCAUGGAGGAGGUGCAUUUUUAAUUCCCUACCUCAUCCUCCUGGUGUUGGAGGGAAUGCCUCUCCUGCUAUUGGAGUUUGCCAUUGGCCAGCGUCUCAGGAGCGGCAGUGUGGGAGUGUGGAGGACGAUCAACCCUUAUCUAACUGGGAUUGGAAUCGCCUCCAUGCUGGUGUCCUUUUUGGUGGCCCUGUACUACAACACCUUGAUCGCCUGGAUCAUGUGGUAUCUCUUCAAUUCCUUCCAAAGCCCACUGCCUUGGACUCAGUGUCCGCUCAAUGAAAACAGUACAGGUUAUGUUCCAGAGUGUCAACAGAGCUCGACUGUGGAUUAUUACUUCUACCGAGUCACACUGGACACAACGACGUCCAUAUCUGAGUCUGGAGGAAUUCACUGGCCGAUCGUGGUGUGUCUGGUCGCUGCGUGGACGGUCAUCGGCAUCUGUUGCAUUCGGGGAAUCAGCACUUCUGGAAAGGCGGUGUACAUCACAGCGAUCCUCCCCUUCAUCGUGUUGGGAAUCUUUCUGAUCCGGGGUCUGACCCUCAGAGGUGCCCUGAGUGGGAUCCAGUUCCUCUUCACACCAGAUGUGGAAGAGCUGAUGAAACCGACAACAUGGCUGGACGCAGGUGCUCAAGUCUUCUAUGCCUUUGGUUUGGCGUGGGGAGGACUUAUUUCCUUCUCCAGCUACAAUCCUGUUCACAACAACUGUGUGCAGGAUGCUGUGAUACUGUCUGUGGUGACUGGAUUUACUUCAGUCUACGCUGCUGCGGUCACCUACUCUAUUAUCGGCUUCAGGGCUACAGAGAAAUACGACCAGUGUAUUGACAAUAACAUUCUGAAAUUACUGAACGCAUUCGACCUUCCUGAGACUAACAUCACGGCCAGCAGUUACAAGUCCACGUUGGACCACCUGAACAGCACCAGUCCAGACGUCAUUCUCGGGUUAGAUUUGCCUUCCUGUGUCAUGAAAACCUUUCUCAGUGAGGGCGUGGAGGGGGCAGGUCUGGCUUUCAUUGUGUUCACAGAGGCCAUCACCAAGAUGCCUGGCUCUCCAGUUUGGUCGGUUCUGUUCUUUGUCAUGCUCUUCUGUCUGGGACUCUCAACGCUGUUUGGCAAUAUUGAAGGAGUGGUGGUCCCGUUGAAGGACUUGAGAGUGUUCCCAAAAACAUGGCCUCAUGAGGUGUUGACAGGAAUCACCUGUGUCGUCGCCCUGGUCAUCUCGCUGCUCUUUGCUCAACGAUCUGGCCUCUAUUGGUUGACACUCUUUGACAGUUUUGCUGGAUCGAUUCCACUGUUGACCACUGGGUUGUUUGAGAUGAUUGCUGUGGUUUAUGUUUAUGGGAUUGACAGGUUCAAUGAUGACAUAAAGUUCAUGACUGGCCACAAGCCCUCCCUCUACUGGCAGGUAACAUGGAGGUUUGUGAGUCCUGCGAUCGUCCUUGUCAUCCUGGUCUUCUACGUGGUCACACAAGCUCAGAAGACACUCACAUAUCUAGUGUGGGACCCGGACUUUGAGAGAUUUCCUUCUCUGGCGGCGAUAGCAUAUCCCUCUUGGAUCUACGUAAUCAUCUUUAUUUUGGCGGGAGUGCCCAGCAUCACUGUACCGCUGUAUGCCCUCUUCAGAUACCUUUAUGUCUGCUGCUGCCAUGAAAAGCAUUUAGGGAAAUAA